CUCCCUCCCUCUCGGCUCUCACCACCGGACUCCGCGCUCUUCUCGCUGGCCGCCCCGGGAAUCGCCGGCUGCCACCGCCCAGCCUGUACCCGCCAUCCCCCCAGUGCUUGGGCACCUGUUGGAGGCAGAGACACAGCCAAGGGUGCUGCAUGAGGGGCCGCAGGGGCGACCGCAUGACCAUCAACAUCCAGGAGCACAUGGCCAUCAACGUGUGCCCCGGGCCCAUCCGGCCCAUCCGGCAGAUCUCUGACUACUUCCCCCGCCGGGGACCAGGACCCGAAGGCGGGGGCAGGGAUUUCAGGGAGGCCCCUGCUCGUCUGGCCCCCCUGGCCCUGGCCCCCCCUGCAGCCCUCCUUGGGGCCACCACGCCCGAGGAGGGAGCCGAGGUGGACAGCUACGACUCGGAUGAUACCACCGCCCUGGGCAUGCUGGAGUUUGACCUUCUCUACGACCAGGCCUCCUGCACUCUGCACUGUAGUAUCCUCAGGGCCAAGGGCCUCAAGCCCAUGGAUUUCAAUGGCCUGGCCGACCCCUACGUCAAGCUGCACCUGCUGCCUGGAGCCUGCAAGGCCAAUAAGCUAAAAACUAAGACUCAGAGGAACACGCUGAAUCCCGUGUGGAAUGAAGAUCUGACGUACAGUGGGAUCACGGAUGAUGACAUCACCCACAAGGUGCUCAGGAUCUCCGUCUGUGACGAGGACAAGCUGAGCCACAAUGAAUUCAUUGGGGAGAUCAGAGUACCCCUCCGCCGCCUCAAGCCUUCACAGAAGAAACAUUUUAACAUCUGCCUUGAGCGCCAGGUCCCGCUGGCUUCACCCUCCUCCAUGUCAGCAGCGCUGAGGGGCAUCUCCUGUUACCUGAAGGAGCUGGAACAGGCAGAGCAGGGCUCCGGGCUGCUGGAAGAGCGUGGGCGCAUCCUGCUGAGUCUCAGCUACAGCUCUCGGCGCCGGGGGCUGCUGGUGGGCAUCGUGCGCUGCGCCCACUUGGCCGCCAUGGACGUCAACGGCUACUCCGACCCCUACGUCAAGACGUACCUGAGGCCUGACGUGGAUAAAAAAUCCAAGCAUAAAACGUGUGUGAAGAAGAAGACUCUCAAUCCAGAAUUUAACGAGGACUUCUUCUAUGAGAUGGAGCUCUCUGCUCUGGCCAGCAAGACUCUGGAAGUCACAGUCUGGGACUAUGACAUCGGCAAAUCGAACGACUUCAUCGGUGGCGUGUCCCUGGGGCCUGGGGCUCGGGGAGAGGCCCGGAAGCAUUGGCGUGACUGUCUGCAGCAGCCGGACGCAGCCCUGGAACGCUGGCACACCCUCACCAGCGAGCUGCCCCCUGCGGCCGGGGCUCUGCCCUCGGCCUGAGCGGGACCACACCUGCCCAGCACAGGGCCCCCCCCUCCCCCGGGGCCAGGUCCAGUACCCAACCUUCGCACGAGUGUGUUGCACGUUUACACGGGGUGGAAGCCCCGCCCCCCACUACCUGUCUUAUUUUGUGAGAGUCUGCGUGACUGUGGGUCUGUCUUCUCGUGAGGGACCGUGGAGAUCUAUAUUCACAUAUGCAAACUUCCUCCUGCCUGACUCGCUACUACGCAAAUAUGCAAACACCCAU